AUGUAUAUGCUUGAUACCAAACACCAAAUUGGUGCUUGGUUCCAAUAUGGAUGGUUCUCAUCUACUCAUUCAAAGUCUAUACCAGAGCAUAACCUUUACUCUCGUGGAAGAGGUAGUGGCAGACUGUUUUUUUUUUUUUUUGCAGGUUUUGGUUUAGCUUGUCAUUUGGGGGUGUUGGCUGAUCUUCCAACGAUUGGAAUUGGAAAAAGUUUGCAUCAUGUGGAUGACCUUUCUCAAUCUGGAGUCCGACAACAUCUAGAAGAAGGGGAAAUUUGUGGAAAAGAUCUGGUUCCAUUAAUUGGGAAGUCAGGGCAAGUAUGGGGAAUGGCACUGCGCUCAACUUCUAGUUCAUCAAAACCUAUCUAUAUAUCAAUUGGACAUCGCAUAUCUCUUGAUUCAUCUGUCAAGGUUGUCAGAUCAUGCUGCAAGUUCCGUUUGCCUGAGCCCAUACGGCUGGCUGAUAUAAGAUCAAGAGUGUUUCUGCAGAAGAUGCAAGACUGAAAACGUUCAUGAUCAAAGAGUGAUAAUAUCCUGUUGGUAUCAUUCAACUCUUGUUGGUCACCAAGUACUUAACAAGGAUGGAGAAAAAUAUAGCUUAUGCUCUUUACGUCUGGGCCACACUCCCUGACAUGUAUCUUGAUUUAGAUCUGGUUAAUGGGAAAAUGAUUUUCAUCAGCCUGAUUUUGAGCUGGUUCAACUAAGAUAUCCGACAUUUUUCCGGAUAUGCUUUUUGUAUAUUUUGAUGAGACGGUACGACUUGGUCCGAUUUCUCGGA